AUGUUCAUGCCCCUGAGGAAACGACGUUGCCACGGUAGACAAGGAGUCUCGGGUUCAGAAGGCAGCGCAUCGACAGGCCGCGGGCGACCGAUGAAACAUGCGUCUCUGCUGAAACCACCUCGCAAGACUCAAACGCAGCGGGCCGAAUUCAUACACAGACGACUAAAUGCAGAGGCGUCUACUCCCACGACCCAUACGCUGUCCACAUUGGAGUCUCUACCGGUCGAGGUUUUCGAGCAGAUCUUCUUUCACUGCUUGGAGCUGAAUCUCCCCAGGGCUUCGCCAUAUCUCGCUCGAGCUUUGUCACGACGCACGAUCUACGCUGCUCUCGUAUUGUUCGCCUACUAUGAAUCUGAAUCAGCGCAAAGCCAAGUCGAGACUGAGCACUUCCUGCCUGCUGCGUAUCGAAGAAUCACUAAGGACGAACGCGUUCGGUUGCAAGAGGGUAUUCUCCGCUGUCGAUGGUUCACCUUGGAGUUGUUUGAGUCGUGCCUGCCAGCCCUAAGCCGGCUUGCAAUGUUUGAAUGUUGGCACCGUGAAAGACAGGUAUUAGAGGCCAAGCUCGAGCAAGAAUCGUGCCACACCGAAACUGCCGCCCGCUUUCCGGGACCGGCUUCUCAUUUACCGGCAUUAGACGCUAGGCUCGAGAUGGAAAGCUAUUACAAGGCGAGAAAGAGUUAUUACGGUUUGAAGAGUGAAAACAGCGGACCCUAUGGCACGAACACUGGCCAGGGAUAUCAAGCGGGGCUGACUCUCGAGGACAUUUCAGAGACUGAUAUUGGGCCAGUGAACAGAGAUGGGUAUCUUCCCUUCAUCGCGAUACCUACCUCUCGGCAUGAAGACGGAGAACCCGCUGGCCUCGAGGGCCGGAGUAUACUCAGUGUACGUGCUCUCUCAGUCCCAAUCUUGCGAGGUGCUCCAUGGACAGACGCGAAAAUCAAGUUGCUCCAAUAUUUUCGCCAGGGAUUGCGCCAUGAGCCCUUUGACCGGUCUCUCUUCAUCUCUGCAAAGGCUUUGUUUGAUGGCAUGGCCAGUGCGAUAGUGGAAGGGAACGAGACGGCUCUGCUGGUAUUGCUGGAACUCCAUGACACGGUUGUCAAGCGUCCAGCCCCGACCCGUAAGGAGAUCGGAUCCCAUGGGGAGGUAAUCACUCCUCCACUCAAUGUCUUGCCGCUCAAGUUAUUCCACCUUGUCUGCAGAUUGGAGUCGUCGACGAGAAUGAUGUCUUUGCUUCUUCGGGGCGGCGUCGAAAGCAUUCCUUACGACGACGAAGUAAUCACGCGCUGGGCCAUGCACACCAAAGCAAAGUCCUUGUCAGAUGAAGAAGUCUCUAUGGCACGAUGGGUCUUGGGGUACAUGGAAGAUACCGGAUUCACAAACUCCCAACCAGGUGACCGACCCUCACAAGCUCGAGGUUCAAAGCUUGUUUCGCAUGUCUACCCGCGUCCAGACGGAUUGACCUUCACCAGGGAGAUCGGGUAUAUCUGCCUGGUCUUGCCAACGUCGUCUCUAUGGACGAUAAAUCCGACAAAUGCGCUUGGCGAUGAAUAA